CAGUCUGCGGCGUGUGGGCCCUGGAGGUGGCGGCGGCGGCGGCGGCAGCGGGGGGGAAGAUGCUGCAGUCCCUGGCCGGCAGCUCGUGCGUGCGCCUGGUGGAGCGGCACCGCUCGGCCUGGUGCUUCGGUUUCCUGGUGCUCGGCUACCUGCUCUACCUGGUCUUCGGCGCCGUGGUCUUCUCCUCGGUGGAGCUGCCCUACGAGGACCUGCUGCGCCAGGAGCUGCGCAAGCUGAAGCGGCGCUUCCUGGAGGAGCACGAGUGCCUGUCGGAGCAGCAGCUCGAGCAGUUCCUGGGCCGGGUGCUGGAGGCCAGCAACUACGGCGUGUCGGUGCUCAGCAACGCUUCGGGCAACUGGAACUGGGACUUCACCUCCGCGCUCUUCUUCGCCAGUACCGUGCUCUCCACGACAGGUUAUGGUCACACUGUGCCCUUGUCAGAUGGGGGUAAGGCCUUCUGCAUCAUCUACUCGGUCAUCGGCAUUCCUUUCACGCUCUUGUUCUUGACAGCAGUAGUACAGCGUGUUACUAUCCACGUCACCCGAAGACCUGUCCUCUACUUCCACCUCCGCUGGGGCUUCUCCAAGCAAAUGGUGGCCAUCGUCCAUGCUGUUAUCCUUGGGUUUGUCACUGUGUCCUGUUUCUUUUUUAUCCCAGCGGCCGUAUUCUCUGUUUUGGAGGAUGAUUGGAACUUCCUAGAAUCAUUUUAUUUUUGUUUCAUUUCCCUGAGUACCAUUGGCUUAGGGGAUUAUGUUCCUGGAGAAGGCUAUAAUCAGAAAUUCCGAGAACUCUAUAAGGUUGGGAUCACAUGUUAUCUGCUGCUUGGCCUUAUUGCCAUGUUGGUUGUCCUGGAAACCUUCUGUGAACUCCAUGAGCUGAAAAAAUUCAGAAAAAUGUUCUAUGUGAAGAAGGACAAGGAUGAAGACCAGGUGCACAUCAUGGAGCAUGACCAGCUGUCCUUCUCCUCCAUCACCGAUCAAGCAGCUGGAAUGAAGGAGGAUCAGAAGCAGGAUGAGCCUUUCGUGGCCCCUUCAUCAUCAGAGGGCUCUGAUGGCUCCGUGAACCAUUGAGCUUAGAGCUUUGCUACAUUGUUCUCGAGAGUUCAGUGUCAGGGCAGUGAGGAAGAGGUUUCAUUUUGUUCAUUUUUAUGAAAAUGUAAAAACCCAAGAUAAUAUUUUAAUAGCUACUGAUCGCAAGAUUUUAACAAAGAAAGAAAGCUUUUACUCUAGAGAACUAAUACCUAGCAAAUGGGCUAUAUUCCUAUAUUCAUCUGUGACAAAAUAUUAUCUAGACAUCACUACUAGGUGAAAAAUACUUGAAGCAGAGUGCUCCUAAGUCUAGAGGCAGAUUUUAUACUUUUAACUGGGGACUUUGGGGAUUUGCACUUAAAUCUUUAGUUGAUGGCAAAACAGCCAUAUUUAUAUUUAAAGGCAAAAAAAAAGCAUAGAAAUGGUUUUAUAAAUAAGUUUAUGUGGAUCAUUUGCAUGUGCCCAAACACAAUCAUUAUUUUUGUAGAAUCUAAGUUAAAAACUAUUUAUAAUGAAUAGGAAACGUUUGACUAUGUACAUAUAAAAUUUAAAUAUGUUUAUAUUCUGUAUAUAAGCUUUAGGUCAGUGGUUUUCAACUACCAGUCCAUGGAUCGGUGCUUGUCUACAGGUGUAAAAGUGUUGAAAACCACUAGUUUAGGUCACCUGUUUCCAGCAUACUCUUAAUCCAAGAUUGUAGAUAUUUUUUCCUUUAGAUUUCUAUUUAUAUUAAAUAAUCAAGAACUGCUUCAAUAAAAUAAGGGGAGUAGUUAUGUGCAUUGAAGAGUGGGCUACUGCAGUAUUCUACAAUAAAUCUCUUUACCCAUUUGCAACAGUAUGUUAGAAACAUCUAAAGUGUUUUAGACAUUCCUCUGGAGGUAAGCAAAUGAUGAAAAAUGUGACUUGUAAACAAGAGUAAGACAUUUUUGUUUUGAAAGUGGAUUUGAAUGUCAAAUUAAAUUUGACCAAUUCUGUCAAAUUAAACUGAGAAUUUUAUGUUUAUAAGCUGAAAUAAAUAACAUUCACAGCUGGU